GGCAGUGAGUCCGGCUGUACCCCUGAAGGUUGUAGGAGGAAGGGGUCGAACGGAUAGGCCGGAAGAAGGGGUUAAUGACCUGGAGCCGACGGGAACCGCGGGAGGGAAGGGGUUAAACCCCAGCCAGACCCAGAAUCCCUGUGAGACCCUGGGGAGAAGGAGGAAAACGGGGAAAGAGGGUCCCCAGAUGCCCCAG